AUGAGUUCGACGGCAUCUUCAUCACGUCCAAUUAUUAGUCAAGUAGAAGUUGAAUAUUUAAAUAAUGAUGACGCAAAUGAGUUAUAUCAUACAAAAAAGUUUUAUUCAAAUGGUGUAUCUGAAACUUAUGUGGCUUCCAUAAAUUUUAACACAACAUCAUUACCUACAUUACCUGCAGAUGAUUUCAAAGUCAUUUAUAAUGUGUAUGCAAAUGGUGAUCUAGUACUAGGAAGCGAACAACCUGGUAUAUUAAAGUAUAUUGCAGAAUACUUAGCUUUAUUCUGGAAUUCAAGAGCUUAUGAUAUAAAAGUUGAUUUUGAUAAUAAAGAUAAUUCAAUUGUUUUACAUUUAGAUUGUAAAAUUUUGAAAAUGUUUGAAAUAUUUAAUGAAGAAACUGGAUUUAUAGCUGACACGACAGACAAGAUUGAAAUUGAUUUAUUCAUAUUCACCCCAAGACUAGAAUUGAAGUAUUCUUGGACGGUAAGACCUUUAAAUAAUGUCUUGAGUUAUUUAUAUAUCGACCUUGAACAUAAAGUACCAUUAAUAAUGUCCUUAUAUGCAAGAAAUUUGUUAUACAAAUAUGUUACUUCUUUAAAAUCGUGGGAUCAAAUUAGUGGGAUUAUUUUUGAAUCUGAUUUGGAGGAUUGUGAUGUUGGAGAAGAUGGAUUACCUGAUGUAUUACCUGAUCAACCACCUAGUUUCACGUUAAUUCCAAUAAAAUUAUUUAAGCAUGCAAAUUUAUAUCCAGUCAAAAAAGCUCAAUUUCCAUACGAUGAAAAAAUGGCUGAAAAAUUAAGAAAAUGGGAAAAGAAAAAAUUUAAAGAACUUCAAAAUAUAAGUGCAAAAUUUUUAGAAAAUCAACCAAACCCUUUGAAAGAGAUUUCAAUAAAAUAUUAUCAAAAUGAAUCUAUAACAAAUUUAUCAAAUCAUGUAAAAGCUUUUGGUGAUAUGGAAUUUAAAGACUAUAAGCCAUGUCUUUCAGUCUUUUGCAUUGAUCCAGAAAUAAAUGGUUUAAAAAUUCGUGAUUAG